CGGGUUCGCGUCAGGUUAACACGUGUUGGUCGCGUCAACAAAUCUAGCAACAAAUCGAGCGAUUAAUCCGGAAAAUUAGACAAUUAGUACGAUUAGUUUCAGUGUGUUUGUGCAAAAUGUGUGUUUCGGAAUGAUUUAGUACAUCAAAAUCAGAUAUUAAUAUGAGAUGGGAAUUCGAGCAAACUGUUACUUGUUAUUCGUAGUAUUUCACAUCACUCCCAUAGGAAGUGACUGGUUGACCUGUGCUCAUAUAGCAGAAUGCCAAUGCAAAUGGUCUUCGGGCAAGAAAACUGCUUCAUGUGUAAAUGCUGGACUCAAUAUCAUCCCACGACUGGCAUCGGACAUCCAAGUACUAUAUCUAAAUGGGAACCCUUUAAAACAACUGCAAGAAGAUACAUUUGUGCACACAGAACUGUUAAACCUCCAACGAUUGAAUUUGAGUGCAACAAAUUUGCAUUUCUUGCACCAGAACGCUUUCAGAGAACUGCGAAUUUUGAUCGAAUUAGAUCUGUCAAGGAACGAACUUAUGCAACUCGCUCCUGACACUUUCAAAGGAAAUGAACGGCUGAGGCUUCUCGUGUUAAAUGACAACCCUUUGAGUAAGUUAGUCGCUGAACAAUUCCCACCCCUGCAACAUUUGAAGAAGUUAGAACUUUCUCGCUGUCAACUGAGAAAAAUACAUGCAUUUGCAUUUGUAAAUCUGCAGGCUCUUGAAAUUGUGUACAUCCAUCAAAAUGAGCUCACUUAUCUCCAUCAAGAAACUUUUAAUUUGCCCUUUAUAAAAACCCUGACACUCUCUCAAAACCCUUGGUAUUGUGAUUGCAAGUUAAGAGAAUUUCAUGAAUGGUUUCUAAUGAGUAAUUUAGGCAGUGAAGAGGUGGUUUGCGCAGGGCCUGCUAACCAGAAAGACAUUUCAUGGAGGGGACUGAAAAGUAAAGAUUUGGUUUGUCCACCUUCAGCACAAACAAGUCCAUCUGUCUUAAGAACGGAAGCAGGUGCAGAUAUUACAUUUGGAUGCUUUAUAAAAGGUGACCCGAUACCCUCAGUUUCUUGGUCUUUCCAUCUCAAAGAAAUGAAAAAUGAUUCCAAUAGGAAUAGUGAUAUUUUAAUACAAAGAUACCGUUUAAGACAUAAUGAAGAAUAUAUAGAGGAUAUAGUAAAUAAAAGUGCACAAUGGAUUAAUGUAACUAUUAAUAAUGUCACCAGCGAUUUUGCAGGUGAAUGGAAGUGCACAGCUAAGAGCAAUGUCGGUGAAGCUAGUGCCUUUUUAACUAUAUCUCUACCUAAAGCUAGAACUGCGACCACUAGUACUGCACCAGAUCACUCAAAUCUAUUUAUAACUAUAGGCUCUAUGCUAGCCAUGGCAGGGGCUGGCUUUGUAGCUACUUGUAUCCUUUGGAAGACUCGUCGUCGAAGAAUGCCACCCAGCCGAAGCUAUACCGAUCAGGAAAAGAAGUUAUUAGAUACCUCCUUAGCUGUUAGUUGUGAAAGAUCGAGUACAGAUAUGGGCUCAUCAUAUGGAUGUGAAAUAUAUGACGGAUCUAUCUCGCUGGAAAGCGAUGAUGCAGAAAUUUGUAUGGAGCCUGUUCAAUUAACCGUAGAAGGUAUUGAUGAAACAUUUCCCCCACCUCCAGCCGAGUUUUCAUUACCAGCACCGUACAGUAAUAUUUUUAUAUCAGUGCAAGUAGCUGGUCAUGAUAACAAAUAUCCAGAUUUAUUGGGAGGUGGAGCAACACUGCCCAGGCGAAGCAGGACAUGUUUUAUAAAGCCUACGUAUGAUAAUAUGGGUCCUAGGGUAACGGCAGCUGGUAGCUCGACAUUGUCACUACCAGAAGUAGAUCCAGAAAUACAAACAAAUAUUGUAAGCUCUUCCAUUCCCUUAUCUACCUUUUCUACCGAAUAUACCGCUUUAUAAUAGCAUCAAAAUUGUUGUUCUUACUUUACUAUUAUAGUGUAUACGGACCGGUCACAUAAAAUUUAUCAAAGUAUAAUAUUAUGAUUUGUUAUAAAUACUUUAACUAAAUUUGCAAAAGGUUUUGUUUAUUGGAACCGACACUUCAAUUGUAUUUGUAACAAAAACGAUAACUUGAACAUAAAUUGUUAAAUAAAAUAAAUAAUAGUUUAUUCGCUCUAAUGUGGGUACAAGUAGGUGUUACAUUAAAUUUAGUCUCCCUAUCAGUCUUACAUUCAAUUUAAUUACAUUCUAUCAGGUUGUAAGUUGCCUUGUGUGCAAAUAUUACUGACUCUGACGGAUUUAAUUGAAAAGGUUGUAAUGAUCUAUAAAAAAAUAAGGUCAUGAUAUUUCAAUGAUGUGCUUUACCUCCACGUCUACGGAUUUUAAUCGGUUCCAAUUAAAAUCAGGUCUGAUUAGGGUUUUAAACGACUCUGCGGAUUAUUGUCCCAUUUUUGUGAGUUUAAAAUUUUUAGUGCUGCCACUGUUUUGGGCACAGGAUUUCAUGCUUAAACCGUUACUUUUAAAUUGUACUUAACGUAAUCAAUUGGAUUAAGAUCCGGCCUAUGUGCUGACCAAUUCGUGCGAUGUGUCUCAACUUUUUCGCAAUUGUCGAAAUUGUGCAGCGUCGUUCGGUAUUUACCUUGCAUUAGAGAAAACAUAUCGCCUCACGUAUGCUACCACAUGAACUAAAUUCAAACUGUCACAUAAUGAAUUAUUAUGUCUGUAUCAAAGAAAAAUCUUCAGAAGAAAUAUUUUUAGUAAAUUGUAAAUAAUUACAAAAUGUUUUAUGUGUUACAUGCUAACAUUUUUAAUUUUGUUUAAUCCUUAUUACGGAGACGAAAUCCAUAGUAAUUUUAUAAUAAUUAUCCAGUUUUAUAAGAAAAGGCUUUAUA